AUGUCUGAAGCUACCAACAUUUCCACUGUCGAAGCCGGAUCUCACUCUUUUCUCUUUGAAAAGAACGUGGGUAUCAAGACCAAAGCAGGUGGCAUGAUCCGAUGCAACGUGUUUCGCCCCAAAGCCGAGAACCUAGACGCCAAAUAUCCUGUUCUUGCGACUAUCGGCGCUUAUGGAAAAGAUGUACAUUAUGAAAACUUUAAUCCUCACAGUUACUCGGAGGUACCAGCUGCCCAUAAAACCAGUCACUCUGUAUGGGAGACCCCAACACCUAGCCACUGGACUGCUAGAGGCUACGUGGUUGUUCGAGCCGAUGAGCCUGGUGCUGGUCAGUCGCCAGGCCAUCUAGACAUAAUAUCUAGGGGAACUAUCGAUGCCUUCGUUGAUCUUAUUGAGUGGGCAGCGGAGCAGCCGUGGAGCAACGGUAAGGUUGGCCUUUUAGGUAUCAGCUACUAUGGCAUCACUCAGUGGCACGUCGCAGCCCGGCAUCCCAAGGGUCUUGCCGCUAUUGUCCCUUGGGAAGCUGCCUCUGACGUAUAUCGCGACGCGUGCCGUCAUGGAGGUAUUUUAUCUAACGGCGGCUUGGACCUCAUCUGGGACAGACAAAUUGGCCCCUCUCAGUACGGCCUUCCUGGCAAAGAGGCACGAGGCUGGGGUGAUGACCCCAAUGAUGGUCCGUUAUCGGAUGAGGAGCUUUCUCGCAAUUCAACAAGACUCAUCGAUUCUGCACGCGUGAAUCGCUUUGCCGACGGCGAGCGAUUCGCAUCCGUCAACCUCAACUUGGAAGACAUCAAGGUUCCGGUGCUGAGCGUUGCGAACUGGGGAGGAAUCUUAUUGCAUCUACGCGGCAACGUUCAAGGAUUCAUGCAUUCCGCGUCCGAACUCAAGUAUCUUCGAUUCAUAGUAGGAAGACAUGACCUGCCUUUUUACUCCCCCGAAGAGGUCAAGGUUCAAGAGAGCUUUUUGGAUGCUUUCCUUAAAGACGACGAUCGAGAGGGUUGGAAAGUCAAGGGCAAGCUCCCACCGGUUGACCUCAUUAUCCGCAAGGGCAAUGUAGGAUACAACGACCCAGAGGCUGAGAGUCAGUUUCAACGCAGGAAGGAGAACGAAUGGCCGAUUGCCAGAACGCAGUACCGGGAGAUGUUUCUCAGCUCGAACCAUCUCUUACAAUGGGCUGAGCCAAAUAACAGUGCCCCUCACAAGCUCACAUAUCAAGCAUUUGCGGAACAAAGUGAACAUGAGUUUGUAUCAUUCACUUCAGCGCCAUUUGAGGAGGAGACAGAAAUCACAGGCCACAUCGUUGUUCACCUCAAUGUGUCACUUAGCCCCAACAACUCCACGCCUACUCCUUCCGAUAUUGACCUUUUCUUGUCCCUGCGUCAUCUAGAUGCCACUGGCAACGAGGUUUUCUAUACAGGUACGACCGGAGAGGCAGCUCCAAUUACCAAGGGCUUCCUUCGGACAAGCUUGAGAAAGACGAAUCCCGAACAUCGACGACACAGAUCUUGGUUGCCUUAUCGAGAGUACAGUUCUUCUAGUGUGCUUCCUAUCAUUCCUAAUGAGGUGUAUGGAGUGGAUGUGGAGAUUUGGCCAACCAACGUGGUUUUGCAAAAGGGAGAAAAGCUUGUCCUAGAUAUCGGCUCCCGAGAUCUGGCUGGCACUGGAUUCUUUACCCACAAUGAUACGAGAGACAGGCGAGUUCACGAUGACUAUAGUCUCUGUAUUGACAGCUAA